UGGAAUGAUAAAGCAUCAUGCAUCUAAUCUCCUUUGAGAAUUCCGCUGAACUGUUUUCUGAUGGACGUUUGAAUUAUUUGACGGCACGGACACGUGGAUAUAGAAACAAACUUGGCGAUGGUGAUACCAAGAGGAUAACUUCAACUUCAGGACAGCCACUGCCUUCAUCUGACACUUGCCUUCGUUGGACCGUGGACCCUAGUAAACCUGACCGAAUAACUUCAUAAUUCUGUUCUUCCAGCUGAUGGAACAGAAGAUACCCAUCAAGCUUGCCAUGGUGUCCAGACUGCCUAAGUUCGGUGUCCGCCCCACCACGGGGGUCACCAGCCCCCUGCCCAAUGGAACCACCCCUUCACCCCAAGACAGCAAGACCACCCCCCCAGCAAGACCCAAUGGGGUGGUCCGUGCCUCCUCCUUCUCUCUAAAAUGGAGGAAAGACGGUGGCAGUACUCCAACCACCCCCACUAGCCUUGAAGAUGAUGCAUGCCCAAAGGAGGGAGGGGACAAGCCCAAGACUCAGCACUCCACAUGGGGGAGGGAGAUCAAGAAACCGUCCCCAUCCACCCCUAAGAGGGUCAGGGUUUCUGGUUCGUCUGAGUCAUCUACUUCAAGCCCCAGGGCCAUCCCCCGCCAAGUCGCAAAGUCCAGCCCCAAGGCAGGGCCCAGACAGGGGCAGAGCGCCUCCUUCAGUGGAGGCCUCAAACUAGGCCAAAAUGGAGCUACUGAUGGCUCAGGACAGUCAGGUUCAGGGCUGGUGAGGCCACGGGCCAGCUCCAGCUCCCCGCGCAGCAGCUCUAGAGAUAGCCUGUCCCAGUCCAGCGACAGCCUCAAGUCCCUCACACUGGACAACAUGGUGCGCUCGCAGAGUUUCACCCACUUCAAGCAGAUCCCGUCCCCGACCAACUUGCCCAUGGCACGCUCCUUCUCCUUUAACCGGGCAGUGGAGCUGGCCAAGCCUCUGGCCAACACCCAGCUACAACCACCCAGGACCAACCACAUCAGACCCCACCAGCUGUCGAAUGGGAGGCAGGGGAUGGGCCUCGGCCUGGGGACAGGGCUGGGGGGGCUUCAGUAUCCUAGGAGCCUCUCUUCAGCCGGCUCCCCCUCCACAACCCCUAGUGCCCUGAAAAAACCUCUUCUCCCCAACUGUGUUCUGAACAAGCCUUCUGCUCUGGGCUAUAGACUGACACGGCCUGGCCAGGUCAAGCAGCAGAAACCCCUGUUUACAGGGAGGGUGAAGGGGGAGGUCACGGCUGGAGGAGUGGGGGAUGGGGAUAGGGCAGAGUCACCCCCCCUCACCCUCACUCCAGACCCCCUUAGUGACAGCGACAGGACCUCAGGGGGGCAGCUCAGGGGGACAGGGGAGGGGCUAGAGGACAUGUCUCUCUCCUCAGCCUCAUCGCUCUCUCGAGGAGACACCAGCGAGGAGUUCUUGGAUGACUUUAAUAACCUGGCUGAUGGGGAUGUCCCAGAUAACAGGGCGAGAGGUAGUACUGCCACUCAAACCCGCCUGCGGAGCUUCCUGAAUGAGACCAUGGACUGGAAUGAGAUGGGCCUCUCAGGGCGGAAGGAGGAAGUUGGGGUGAGGACAGCCCUUGACAUCCUGCCCCCAGAGAGGGGAGACUUCCUUCAGGGCUCGUCUCUGGAGCUGUCCCCUUCCAACAGCUCGGGGGGCACCUACAUGUGGGACGAGGAGGAUCUGGAGCCCCUGGGACCCAGAACACACCCAUGUGAGAGCUAUGACGACUCAGACCGCCUCAACAGCAUGGACAUUCUGAACAACCUGGACCCCCUGGAGCCAGCUGACCUGGAGGAUGACGACCUCAUGCUGGACGUGGACCUCCCUGAGGACGGCUCUCUACGAACACAGACAGCAGUGGCUCCAGACGCUGAUGAGAUGGCCCAUUCUGACCGCUCAGAGAGGGGGGGACGAAAGGGUCACUGGAGGAGGAGGCAGCCUCGCUGGAAUGGACUAGACCACUUCCAUAAUGACAACAGGGGUCCAGUGUUCCAGCAGUAUGAGGGUUACACUUGUCAUGGAGGGUUCAUGGUUGGCCCCCGUCCUCUUCCUCCUGUAGGGAGACACGAUGGCUACUCGGGGGCGCUGGACGAGCUCACACUCAAACACAUGGCCCAGGACUGCAGCUCUGUGAAAAACAAGCUGCUCAAACUCAAGAUUUUAUUACAGAUGGAGGAUGGAGGCCCAGAGCUUGUGAAAGAGGGCGAGGAGGUUGAGGAGGAUAACAGCACAACUAUACAGUUGGAGGAGCUAAUGAAGGAGGUGCGGGAGCUCAGGGAGGAGCUGAGGGAUAAGGACAGGACAAUCACGCAGCUCACACGACAGCAACAGGCGUCUGCUCAUGCUGACCAGCCUGUGAGCUGUCACUGUCACCAGAGGGCACCGUCGCUGGAAGAGGACAGACAGACGCACCAAGACAAGGCCACACAGACCCCCUGGAGAGGACAAGGAAACAGCCCUGCCCUUCAAAUACUACAGCCUUCCAGCCCCAGCCACCACGAGCACCUCACCCAGGAAAGACUAGUAAAAACAGCCCUCACCGAGGGCCACAGUGACCCCCAGAGAAGGAGGAGCAGGGGAGAUGGGUCCCCUUGCACAGACUCUAACCGCCCUGCUAGAAGCCCGGCCAGGGGUGUCGACACUCCCCCAGUGCCCAACCCAGACGAGUUGAGUGUGCUACUCAGCACCCAGCUCAACAUCAAUGACAGAGAAGGGCCUGGGACCACCCCCAGCCCUACCCAGGGGCUCCCUGCAGCCAGCAGCCCAGCAACAGGAGCGCUGUCCAGGCCAGACGGGGGGCAGCGAGCCUCUCCAGAGGGCCCUGGCUGCCCUCGCGUCCUGCAGCGGCCUCGCCUCCACAAGCGUGUGUCUGUCCCAGCUCUGCCUCAGAGGUACACUAAUGGCUCUCUUCUCCGAUCAAGCUCUGUAGGACUGCUGGCCAACCACAGGACCAAGCAGCUGCCGCCUCCCUCCAGGGGUCUACCCUGCUUCAAUUCUGGUCCCCAGGCAGUGGGCCCCUCCCUGGGCCACGGUGUGCUUGCUCAGCCCCGUAAUCUGGGGGUCAGGAGGGACCUCGAGAGCACCAGCCCUCCUAGUCUGGAAAUGCUAGACCUGGGACUUCUCAGAGCUAGAGUCCUGGUUCCCCCCAUCCUGUCACGCCUCCCCAAGCCAAAGAUCCAUUGAAGAGUUCACAUCAUCAAACAUAUUGUAUACUAUACUGUAUAACAUCUCUCCUCUUCCACAGCCUCAUGGUUAUGACUGAGAUACGUGGAGGGACUGUUUCUAACUGACAAAUCUCCUUCAUAAAUUGUCCAGUUACUUACUUAGCAGCCUUUCAUUGCACAUAGUCAUUAUUUCUAUAUAUAUGACAAACAUUCAUAUUUUUUAUUUGGUAAUCUCACUUGUGUGUUUUCUUUAAGAACGCCAAGACUGUACAGAAUGCUCCGGUCAACUCUACUCACACUCACUUGGGUCCUUCCUCUGGAACAGCAGAACAUGGUUUGACCAUGGUCUUCCAUGACAUCAGCAAUGUUACAUUUCCCCCAGAGGGUAAACAUAGAAUGACAGAAAAAAAGCGGGGGGGGAUAAGGAGUGGAGCUUUCUGCUCAAACAGGGUGGAUUGAAUGAGGAAUCAUUCAAAGAAAGAGGCUCAAACAUAAACAGAAUUCUCCUGAAUAAACCAGAGUUCAUCUUGUCGUCCUAUUCCACCUCUAUGAGUAUGUAAGGUGAUGUGUGUCUGUGUGGGUGCUCUCCCUUUCCUCUGAGAUCAACAUCAGUGUUUAUUGUAUUUUGAGUUUAGGGCGAAGGUCAGUUUGAGGAUUUGAGAGUUAUGUUUAUCUCCUCUUCAGAAUAGUGGUUAACGUUUGGAUGCAUCCAGACAUGGAGAGUGUGUUUAACAGUUUCUGACAGACUAUGGCAGCUUCCAUGAAUGUGGGCUAUGGCUGUAAGUUAAUGCCUCUGGCACUCUCUGUUUUACAGUACCGAUUAAUACCAUGCACACAUGAAACACACACACAUAACACACAUCACACACACACACACACCGAAUACUCUCACCACUUUGGCGCUGUCCAUAAAUUCAAAUCACUGUACACAGUAGUGUUGUUUCAAGUAAUUUAUUACAGUUAGCUAGAUGGUCAACAGUGUCUUGUUUUUUCAUUUAGUAUAAAUCCGACUGACUGAGAGACACACACACUUCUGGAAAGUUCUCAUAGGGACAUUGAUCCAUCUGUCCCCUACAGCAAGACAAGAUGGGUGCCAGUGUGGUCCUUGGGGACUGAGCUGAGCCCAGGUGAUGACAGGACUGUGUGUGUGUGUGUGUCUGUCUGUCUGUUUUGUGGGAGAGAGAAUAUUUGUGUUUGCCAUGGUGAGAUGUCCCAUGCCAUCUGGACCUGUCAGUCAAUACCGCUUGGUAAUUCCAAACAGAGAAAUCAAUAGGACCUUGGUUUUUAGUGAGAAGGGAGGAUGUGUGUGAGUCUCUAGAUACACCAAUCUGGCAGUGUUUUCACUGGGUGUGUGUGUGUGUCAGGUGUACAGUAUGUGCCCACAGGCCACAGAAAUAAAGCCAGGGAGAAAGGGUAAUGCUGUUCUCUCCAUCAGCCAAUCAAUAGCUUUCAUCAAUUAUUCUAAAGCAGGAGUAUAACUAUCUCGGGGGUCCAACAGGUCGAUCUCGCAUCCCGUACUCUGCCAUGAUGUGCACUAGGCCUAAACAGAUAAAUCGCUAGCCAAACACAUUCGUCUCUUGCUAGGUGUGCACUUGAAUUAAAGGGGAAUCACACUCAAAUGUAUACAUUUGUUAUUUUUUUUCAUGACCUUAACAUUUUUAUUUUGAUGUGAUUUAUGCAUUGACAUGGACUCUGAACAUCCAAUGUUGUUGUUUUUCAAUAAGUAAUUGUAAUUGUCUGAGUGAAACAACAGAAAAAAUUAAGCAAAUAAAUGAGUAACUCGCAUUUUUAAAAGUAGAUCUCAUGUUAUAAAUUGCCGGAGACCCCUGAGCUAGCUAAACCAGAACAAAGAGCCCACACUGCAACUGUAACAGUGUAACUUUAGUCCAUUCCCUAGCCCCGACCCGGGUUCGAACCAGGGACCCUCUGCACACAUCAACCACAGUCACUCACGAAGCAUCGGUACCCAUCGCGCCACAAAAGCCGCUGUCCUUGCAGAGCAAGGCGAACCACUACUUCAACAUCUACUACUUCAACAUCUCAGAGCAAGUGACGUCACCGAUUGAAACGCUAUUAGCGCGCACCACUGCAAACUAGCUAGCCAUUUCACAUCGGUUACACAACAAAACAAGAGGAAUUAAUUAAUUAGCCAUUUCUAAUACGUUCUCUUUAGUGGCAAAACUAGCCAGCCUUGUUCAUCGUGUUAGUUAAUGGAACAUAGCUGCCUGCCUAUCAUCAUUAGGAUAUUAUACUUUACUUGUUUGUAGCUGUUGUUAAAGAUGACAUAUUUGAUGCAAUUGUGCAGGUUCAGUUUAGGAUAGGGUUGUCCACUGCUGUUUGGUUGUCUGUCAAGGCUUUGGGCUUACUCUGAUCACAUUUCUAACAAAAUGGGGGUUAAGUCAUGUUUGUAAAUCUACCUACACUGUUAAUGCAACAGGACUAGAGUUCCCUCCUGUUUCUCCACUACUUACACAUAAACCACUAGACGUUUACACACCAGUUAACUCAUUUGCUGAUUACUUACUUAGUUACUAAAGUGUACAACCGUGUACAUCCGUUACAACCGUUGUGAGAGGUAUUUGUCUAUCUUCAAUGCGUAACAUUUCUUGUUUCUGUAUUUCAUGUCAAAUCACCUAUCCACCCAUCCUGCUGUAAUACAUUGUCCCAUUGCAUAACGUGCAAUAUUGUAAGAAACAACAGCUAUAUUAACCAAUAUAGAUACUGAUAUUGAAGCAACGCUAUAUGCCUAACAACUGUUGUUUACCUAUAUGCAAGUGGAUUUUUUUUUUUUGUAAGCUAAUCAGCGAUGCACUUUAAAUGACAGUUGAGACUGAAGGAACACUAAACUGGAGAUUUGUUAAAGAUUUGACUGGAUUUUUUCGUGUUUUCCUUUCUCUGUUUGUCUCCCCUGGAGGUUAUGUGAGACAGCAAUAAAGACUGUAUCAAACUUG